AACCGGUAUUUCAUAAGUGAUGAAUCGCCUUUUUGCUUGGUAGAGUUUGUAUCUCAGGUUUUUUACUGUUUUUAGUUGGUAUCAAGGGGUGUUUAAUGUGUCAAAGAUGAUGUCUCAGACAGAACUUUUAGCCUGGUCAGAGCCGGACACGAAAUUUUUCGCCGAUAAUCUACUAGGAGUUGAAGAUUGGGGAGACUCUAUUGCUGAUGUUAAAUUCAACCCAGAUGAUUUGUUUUUGGGAGGGGAAGACCAAGACUUCGAUCUAGAACACAAAGAUGAUCACCUGAACGAAUUUUUGUCAAGUCUGGGCGAUCCUUCUUCCCCCGUAAUUGAAGAUUUCGAUUUUACUUCGGGUGUUUGUAUUAAAGAGGAACCUCUUUCUCCAUCAUCCUCAAAUUCUUCUUGUGCUUCCCUGCCCAGUUCACCAGAGAAUCAGUUUCUUAUAAAUGGAGAAAGUUCACCAGUCCAUCAGCCUAGUGCAGAUUUUGAAUUAUCGCAAAGCAGCUUACUACCCAGUCCGUUGUGUGUAAAGACAGAAGCAACUCUCACACCUGUUCAAUGCAGUGUAAAACAAGAGAAAAUACCUUUACAAUCAUGUGGAGUCAAAUCUAUUCAACCCAUGCCAGUGGCUACAGUUCCUGUGGGCAUUCAGAAAUCUCAGCUUGGACAACUCAAUACUAAGCCUGCUGGAGGUAUUCCAGUCUAUAUCCCUUGUACUGGCUCAUUACCAACCAAUGGUGUGGUGUCAGUUGUUGUUGGGAAAAAUGUUACUCCUACAAUACCCAAAACGGUCAGCGUUGGUGCAUCUGGAUGCAGCAAUAACUCUUCUUCCGAAACUGACGCAAAACUUUUAAAGAGACAACAGCGAAUGAUAAAAAAUAGAGAGUCUGCCUGCUUAUCAAGAAAGAAAAAGAAGGAGGUGAGAGAAAUGAGAGCUAAAUAUACAAUAGACCCUGGUUAAUAUGAAUUCCAGUUG